GACAGUCGACUUACGUAUCCCUAGUGUGCCAGACUACGCAAAGGCAGGCCGCACAGCGACUGAAACAAAAUAGCCGAGGCAAUAGUGAAGUGUGAAACAUAGCAAAAAGUCUAAGGGAAAACUCACAAAAAUGGGAAAUCCAGAUGGUGGUGAUUUUAAUGAAAACGAUACCAUAAUGUCAACAGAGGCAAAUCACCUGCAAAGUAAAUAUGACCAGGAGCAGGAAGAAAUGCAUCUGAAGAAAUAUAAUACUCCGGCCUAUCGAGAGAUUCGUACGCGAAAAAAUGGUCUCAAGGCUAACACCAUGAGCAAUGGUUUCAAGAAAACCACAAAUGGAUUUUACAAUUCAGCAACAAAUUCCAGCACAGAAUAUGGUGUCAAAUCAAAGCCAUCAGCUGCCGAUGGCAUCCUGCCGCCAGCCGAAGAACAUUACCAAAAAACCUCAUUCGAGGAAGUUCCCCUACGCACAGCCUGCCUUACAUAUUUAGGAUUCUAUUUGCUCAUGAUAUUGGGCUAUUUGAAUCAGUUGCUGUUUGUCCCGAAAGUGGCCAAGGAGAAAAAUCGUGACGGCUAUGUUAGCCUUUAUGAUGCCUUUGAAAGUUUCUAUUCUCGUUAUGUGUAUCGAAGAAUACGAGAUUGUUGGAAUCGUCCCAUAUGUAGUGUGCCUGGGGCCGAAUUGACCCUGAAAGAUCGUGUCACACCCGAUUAUGGUUGGUCAUUUGAAUUCACCGGCACCGAGACGACGUGUCUCAAUCUCGGAUCAUACAACUAUUUGGGAUUUGCUGCAGCCACGGGUCCCUGUGCCGAUGAUUCGGAGAAAACAUGCCGAGAAUGGGGUUUGGCCUUGUGUAGUCCACGUGUAGAAUUGGGCACCACCCAGUUGCAUUUGGAUUUGGAAAAGUUGACAGCCCGUUAUUUGGGCGUUGAGGAUGCCAUUGUAUUCGGCAUGGGUUUUGCCACAAAUGCCCUGAAUUUACCCUCGUUGCUGUCACCCGGUUGCCUGGUAUUGAGUGAUGAAAAGAAUCACGCUUCUAUCAUUUUGGGUUUACGUUUGUCCGGCGCCACCACCAAGGUGUUCAAACACAACAACAUGAAAGAUUUGGAACGUGUUUUGAGACAGAGCGUAGUCUAUGGCAAUCCCAAGAAUGGCGGCAAACCAUGGAAGAAAAUCCUCAUUAUUUGUGAGGGUGUAUACAGUAUGGAGGGCAGUAUUUGUCGCCUGCCCGAAAUUAUUGCCUUGAAAAAGAAAUACAAGGCAUAUUUGUAUUUGGAUGAGGCUCACAGUAUUGGUGCCUUGGGACCCAAUGGCGGUGGAGUUGUGGAUUAUUUCAAUUGUGAUCCCAAAGAUGUUGAUAUUCUAAUGGGUACAUUUACAAAGAGUUUUGGUAGUGCUGGUGGCUAUAUUGCAGGAUCAAAGAAAUUGGUGGACUUCUUACGCACAAACAGUCAUGCCCAUUGCUAUGCAGCCACCAUGUCUCCGCCAGUGGCCCAGCAAAUUUACACUUCAAUGAGUAUUAUAAUGGGCGUUGACGGCAGUGAUCUCGGUCGGCGGAAAAUCAAUCAAUUGGCUCGCAACACCCGCUAUUUCCGCAGACGUUUGGCCCAAAUGGGUGUCAUCACUUAUGGUCAUGAAGAUUCACCUGUUGUGCCUAUGUUGGUGUAUCUUUUCUCCAAAAUUGGAGCUGUUGUACGUACCUUAACUACCCGCAAUAUUGCUGUUGUUGGCGUCGGUUUUCCUGCCACACCCAUUAUGGAGGGUCGCAUACGUUAUUGUCUGUCGGCGGCACAUACCAAAGAACAAUUGGACUACGCUCUGGACGUUAUCGAUGAAAUUAGCGAUAACUUGGGUUUGAAAUAUUCCCGCAAACCUAUAGAUCCUAAUCCCAUAGAGUAUUGAGUUAGAUAUUGAAUAAUUCCUGCGAACACACACAAAACUACUUUUAUUCAAUAGGGCUAUCAACUAUUCUAUCUCUUUCGAUAAAUUCAAACUUUACACGCUCCAUUUUGGUCUAAAGAACACAAAAAAAUGAACAAAAAACUACAAAGAAAACCAAAAAUUGUUACAAACUUUACUUUAAUUGAAACAAACUUGAAACACUUUACAAAAGCUCUGCUUCAAAUCAAAACAAAGAAAACCGAUACGAAACAAACAAACAAUAAGCAAAAAGUACAUUACAGAAAAAAAAGAAAACGUUCUAUCACAAUAAAACCAAACAGAAACUUUAUUAAAGAUCUUCUUACAUAUAUAUAUUUUAGCAUUAUAUAUAGUUGGUACACUAAGUACCGCAGUACUAAUUUAAGAACAGAAACCAAGUAUCUUUAUUCGAGUCAAAUUGCAAAGUUUACAAAUGAAAAACAAAAUACACUUAACUCAACUAAUGAAA